GGUGCCCGUCGGGCGCAUACAAAAUUCUCAAAAAUACGACGUAAGUGUAGCUACUUAACCAGUUAACUUUCACACAUAUAUUUGAUCCAUAUAUAAUCCAGUAAUAAUCACAAUCACUUUGCCAUCGAACCAUUUGGCAGCUGACACAAAGACAAUGACUCUAAAUACUGCCAAUACAACAGAUUGGACAAGUCAAACACCACCUUACCCAUUUGAGCAUGCAUUUUGCCUCCUGAAGAGGGGACUGAAUGGAGGACCCCCACAAAAUGAAAGAAGCAUGGAAAAUUUAAAGUGACUGCAUUUGUCAUGAAGGUCAGUGUACGUGAAAUAUCUAUAGCAUCUAAACCUGAGUGCACAUUCUACUUCAAGUUACAAUGGGACAAAGACCUGGGAGCUGGUUUUGUUGUUGUUCUCUGUGAUGGUGUCUCUGCAUGGAGUGGUGAAGUAUCAGAGGAGGAUGUCAGCAGGGAGGCCCAGGAGAUGGAGAUACCAAGAGAGAAGUAUGUUAGUGACCUGCAGCUGAUACUGACUGGAGAUGUACAGGCAGACCAGAGCUACAGCUUUCAUCUGGCCCCUGAGCAAUCUGGAAGCCAUAUCUUGCAGCUAUCUUAUGAGAAAAUUCAGAGUAACAUGUCGUUCAGGUUUGGCAUGGUGGAACUGCUACCUGUGCCAGAGCCUACUAAAGUCAUAAAGGAACUAAUUUCUUAUAGCUUAGAGUGCAGUGCUCACCUGGAAGCUGUGAAACACAAAAUACAACAGGAGAACCAGAGACUGAGGAAUAAGCAGGAGCAUAUCACUGCAAAAAUGGAGAAAUAUAUCAAAGAGAAGGAGAUAUUAGAAAGAGAGCUGUACAACCGCUUUGUUCUGAUCCUUAAUGGGAAGAAGGCCAAGAUCCGCACUUUACAGGAGAGGAUAAAACAGCUAGAGAAUACUAUACAAGAAGAAAAGCACAGCUGGAAGAAAGGGGAAAGCUGUCAUAGAGAAAAACAUCAUGCAGAUGAGAAAAUUGAAAACAGUGACUAUGGAAACACCACAGAUGAGGAAGAGGAACCGAAAACUCAGAAUUUCAAACCAAGGAAUCAAGUGCUGGCAAACAACCCAGUGGAUGACAGUUUAAAUGACAUUGCGGAUGUGGCCCCAAGCCGAAAACGGCGUCAACGUGGCUUUCCAUCCUUGGAAUCCCAAACCAAAAAAACAGCUCUGGGAAAGAGAAAAACCUUAAGGAAUAAUCUGCAUGAAGAAACCAAAGCAGAAAUGAGUAAAGUUCCAUUUCAGCAGCCUACACAAGUCAGUCCAGAUCCUGAUGACCUGUUUGAUGACAUCUAAGUGCCUUUAUGUUUGUGACACAUUAUUCAAUAAAUGAAUUUGUGGGUUAAGAUUAAAGCGGGACUUUACAUAUAUAGCUUAGACGGUGAACAUCCCAACAGACAUUUUAGCAUUUGUAUUUGUUAAAGACAUAAUAAAAUUGUUUGUAUGUAUAUCUUUAUUGAA